CGACGUCUCGCGAGCUUCCACGUACACACUCUAACGCCUCUCCCCACUGCCCGGGCUGAGCACAUCCGGGUUGCUGGAGCAGGUGCCUCAAGCCCCGCCCCCUUUUUCCAGGCGCGAGCCCCACUUCCGGCCAUCUCAGGCCUUUUCCGCCAGUGCUCUGCCGGCUUUAUCUCCGCUCUGUAGGUCGUUCCCGGCCCCGGGCCGCGGUCCCGCCGCACGCCUCGCCCGCCCCCGGCGGCUCGCCGCUCUUCGCGAAUCUCUCCGAGGCUCGGAGCGACUCUACCGUGCGUCUUGGCGGGCGGCCCGGACUGAGGCCUGCCGCUCGUGGUGAGUCCGCGCAGACCUGACCCCGCGCCUCCCCGCAGCUCCGUUGAGGCCGCCGCCGUCGCCGUCGCCUCGGGAUGCCGGGGCCGGGGUCCGCGCAGCGCUGGGCGGCCGCCGCGGGCCGUUGGAGCUGCAGGCUGCUCGCACUGCUGCUGCUGGUGCCGGGGCCCGGCGGCGCCUCCGAGAUCACCUUCGAGCUGCCGGACAAUGCCAAGCAGUGUUUUUACGAGGACAUCACGCAGGGCACCAAGUGCACCCUCGAGUUCCAGGUGAUUACUGGUGGACACUAUGAUGUGGACUGUCGAUUAGAAGAUCCUGAUGGUAACGUGUUGUACAAAGAGAUGAAGAAGCAGUAUGAUAGUUUUACCUUCACCGCCUCCAAAAACGGGACAUACAAAUUUUGUUUCAGCAAUGAGUUUUCCACUUUCACACACAAAACCGUCUAUUUUGAUUUUCAAGUUGGAGAAGACCCGCCUUUGUUUCCUAGUGAGAACCGAGUCAGUGCUCUCACCCAGAUGGAGUCUGCCUGUGUGUCGAUUCACGAAGCUCUAAAGUCCGUCAUCGACUAUCAGACUCAUUUCCGUUUGAGAGAAGCCCAAGGGCGAAGCCGAGCAGAAGAUCUAAAUACCAGAGUGGCCUAUUGGUCAGUAGGAGAAGCCCUCAUCCUCCUGGUGGUUAGCAUAGGGCAGGUGUUUCUUCUGAAAAGCUUUUUCUCAGAUAAAAGAACCACCACAACUCGUGUUGGAUCAUAACUGCGUUUUGAGAAUCGAUGCACCAUUGCCACCAUCAUAUUGCUGUCCUCUGGUUAAUUUUAGGUACUGAAGAACUUAAUAUUGGCAACAUUUUUAAACCGUACUCAUACACUUGUUGGGGGGGGUGUAUCCCCAAACUGUGGAAAGGACACCUUUUUUAAUUUGUAAAGGUAGAAAAACUUCGGAACUUAUUUUGGGCUCUUCGUGUUAAAUAUUCAGCACCAAUGAUCUUUUCUUGGUUGUUUAUAUCUUUGCACACUAAACUUUGGUAUUCUGAUUCCUUUUAGCCAUCUAAAAGUACUUUUCUUAUAGGUAGUGGAUAUUUUAAAAACCUUCCAUUAAAUCUGUGUGUGUUGUGGAGGAAGAAAAAUUGCCUUUUAAUUGUUUAAAGUUUUGUUUUUCAGAAAACCAAAUGUGAGUAAUUGUACUAGGCCCUGGUCUGCACUGUUUAAUUUGGGUGUGGGGUAGCCACCGCGGAAAUGUUAGUACUGAUGGAAUUUUAAAUUGAUGGAUCAUGGUAUAACUUAUUUCUUACUAGCUUGGAAACUGUCAGCCUUUUGUUUUUUGUCUUCAUUCUGUGAUUUAUAAGCCGAUACAUUCUUUUUUCCAUAAAGACGUUCUUACCACAGAGAAAAAAGGAGGUUUCAACAACAUAACAGAGUUGAUUUAUACAGGCCUUAAAACAUGUAGCAGAAUUACAGAAUAACUUCAGAUUCUACAUUGAGAGGCAAAUGAAAUGAGGAAAGUUUUAGUGAGUUAUCUACACACAUUACAUCUUCAGUGCUUUUACAAUGAAAAAAGUUGAUCUGUUUCACUGUAACAUUUUGAUUGGCUGGUUCUUGCCCUAAUGUGGCUUCAUGUCUGAGCCAUUCCCGACUUAAAUUGGCUGUUGUCAUAUUCGUAUUGUAAAAGUGCCAUAUAUCUUAUCCUGACGGGUGUGCUGCACUGAGGAGUCAGUUUCUUUGGGUUUUCUCCUUUUUGUGUGUGUGUUUUGGUUUUUGGUUGUUUUUUGUCUUACACAUGUAAUUUGUACGUUUCUGGUUAGCAACCCUAAGAUGAUUUAAAACUUCAGACUGCUGUGUGUUUCUUAUUUGAUAAUCUUCAUCGAUUGUACUGCAUUUAAUGACCAUUAAACAGCUCAUAACCUGUAUGCUGUAGGGUUUAGACUGUGUUUGUAUUUUAUAACCUGUAUAGACCAAGCUGAUUGAAAUAAGAUUUUGUUCAGGUGUUCCAGAAUAGAAUACAAGACACAUGCAAAACUCUGUAGGUGUUUCAAGCUUUUCUGCUGUUUAAAAAAAAAUUGCGGCUGCUUUUUGCCACACCUCCCUCCCCCACCCAAGAGUGAGGAAUGCUGACCAAGACUGUCCCAUAGAAUGCUAACGGGAUGGCAGUUCUAGUCACCUAAUUACCGUGGACUAGAAGUUAACUGUCUUUAACCGUCUUUGAAAAGUAGACCCUCUUCUGCACCAUAAGAGCAAAACAGAUUCAGAGGUGUCAUGCUUGCUAAUUUCAUGUGCUGCAGCGCAGGGAGGGACAAACACGUUUCCACCCCUUUCAUUCUCAAAUCCUUGAAGACCAAAUAGCCUCUCUUGAAGCUAUUCAGCAGUGGACUAGGAACUAAAGUUGACGAUUUUGCCGAUGUAUCUCUGUGUUCUUGUGUCGGGCUUGUCCUCGGCCUUUCUAAGUGUCCCUGUAUAUUUAGAUUUGAAACACUAGUGGUAACGUGAUUGAUAGGCAUGGGCGUCCAUUCUGUGUCCUUCUCCGCUUGCCAGUCUGCUCCGUCGUGUUCCGAUACGGACACCAUAAUUAAUCCCUGUCAGGCAUCAUCAGCGCGCCCAGUUUGGCUUUAGAUAAUGCACUCAUUCAUUCAGUCUGCGCCUACCAGAACCACAUGAUACUACACGAUGACUACAAAUAACUUCUGAUGAAGCUCUCGAGCUGUCUUGAAAGUUUUGAAGUCACCAUUGUUCCCUGUUGUAGAUAAUAGUACAGGCUUAGUUGAGUCAGUCUGUAACCAGUUCAAGAUUGAUGGCUGUCUCUACUCAACUGGGUAUGUCGAAAUUAGAAAAUACCCAUCUCUCCAGACCCAAAUGUUUAGGAACUUUUUUUCUUCCUCCUGCUAUAUAAUGUGUAGCACAUCUUGUUUCUUCAAUCCUUUCAUAACUUGUUGGAACAGUUUGAAAUUCCCAAUUAUUUAUGUUUAGACAUAUGGCUCAGAGUAUAUAUUUAACAUCCCUAGCUGUAUAUAUUUUUAAAGUAAAUAAUGGAAAAGGACUUGAUAUACAAGUUUAUUACUAAAAUAUCAACCGUGUGAGGAUCCAAUUUAAGAUCUUACUUUGCUAAUGAAUCUAAACAUGUUGUUGUUGUUUUUUUUUUCUAUUGAAGACAAAUGGUUUGUGGUUCACAGCUCUCAUCCUGGUGUGAUGAUAAUCAGCUUUGAAAAUACAGUGGACCGAAUAGCAGUUUUAUUCUCUGGACGGUUUCAUUUUAAUCUCUGUGCAUCCAUUUUUGCUUCAGUUUGUGUAACAUUUACAGUUCUCUAGGAAGAGCAGACCCUAUGACUAUUGUUUUCAGAAGUUAAACAAGUUAAUAUAUAAGUAAUUCAAAGGGGGUUUUCAUUUACUUUUGAAAAGAAAAAAUUCUCUCAACACAUGUUGGUCCUGCAGGAUUGCACCAAUCGAUUCUUGUAGAAUAAAAAAAAAAUCUUUCAACAAACCGA